AGGCUCACCCAAUGAUUGCCAAAAUAUAUAACAACAAACCCAAUAUUCCAUCAUUCGGAGAGCUCUCAAAUCCCGGCUAUUGGAGCUCCUCCACGUCUCUUGCCGCAGCUGCUUUCAUGCGGUGGGUCCACCCAUCGGUUCUUUGAUUGGAUGUAAUGGGGAAAAAAUGUAGGAAGCUAUAUCACUCAUAUAUUAUUCUCUGACCAGAGAUUAAUGCGGAGUAGAAAUUGGGAAGCAAAGAUUAUUGAAGAAGAGGAGCAUUUAGGAAGCAAAGAUAGUGAAGAAGAGGAGUAUAGAUGGAGGAGAGGCAGAGAAAGGAUGAUGGUCGCCGAGCAGCAGUCAUGGUGCGAGUGCACGGACCUGAUCCCAAGGGCAGAAAAAUGCGUAAACAUGCCUUCUAUCACUCCGAAUCUGGCGACACUACUCUUUCUGCCUCGGGGUUGUUGUUGCCCAGUUGCUCCAGCUGGUUAAAGAAUGUGAAAAAUUCAAAUGAACUGAUAGUUGUUACCUGUGCAUCCAUCAUUGAGCCUUUCCUGUCUUCACAGGAACGUGGUUUUACUGCACAGGGAACUCCAACACUGAUAUCUGGUGCAGAAAUUGAUGUUUUGACAGAGAUUUCCUCAAGUUCUGGUAACAGUGAUGUGGGCCAUCCUAACAGUAGUUAUGAACUUUCUUGGUUACCAGCUCAUCUUCUAGCUCUGGUGGAAGUACCAGAAGCUGCAGCUGCCUUGCAAGCAUUAUUGGAAGCUCAUGGGGGCACAUCUGAACAAAGUUCUUGGGAAGUAGGUUGGGCUUUAGCUCCAGCAGACAGUGGCACUCAAAUGUCUGGAGAUAUUUCUCAAAGUCGAAUAGAAAGGAAGCAGACAUCGAAGGAUGACAAAGAAAUUCAACACUUCAGCAAUGUUCAUCUGUCAGCAAGAAAUGGAUCAAGUCAUUCUAGCUCGGGCAUUGUGGCUAUGGCAACAACAAUAAUUGCAGUUCUUAUCGUGUCAUCUUCAGCGAACCUGAAGAUAAUGCCUGAAAUAAGCAUAUCGGAGCCUCGGAAGAGAGGAGAUUUUCUCUUAGUAAUAGGUUCUCCAUUUGGGGCCUUGUCUCCAUUGCAUUUCUAUAACAGCAUAUCAAUGGGCAUUGUUGCUAAUUCAUGGCCUCCAGCUUCUAGCCAGACAUCAUUAUUAAUGGCUGAUAUUCGCUGUCUUCCUGGAAUGGAAGGUAGCCCAGUUUUUAGUGACCUGGGCAACCUCGUUGGGAUCCUUACUAGACCUCUCCGACAGAGAGGUGGUGGUGCAGAAGUUCAGCUUGUGGUAACGUGGGAUGCUUUAGCACCAGCCUUAGGUGAACUGCAACUAAUGCAUCCAGAAAAAUUCAGAAUGCCAGAAAAAUUGCAAGUAGUGCACCAAGAAAAAGUCAGAAUGCUGGAAAAGAAUAUGCAUCUUUGUCCACCAGUUUGUGAGAAGGAGAACAAACAGUUCCAAUCUGUAGCUUGGAGCAGUGAGCAAGAAGGACUUCAAUGCUUUGCAUCCAAUUUUCCAAGUGCUUCUUCUGAGAUUGAUCGUGCCAUGGCAUCAAUUGUGCUUGUCACUGUUGGUGAUGGUGCGUGGGCAUCAGGUAUAGUAUUAAAUGAUAAUGGUCUUGUAUUAACUAAUGCUCAUCUUUUGGAGCCUUGGCGAUUUGGCAAAACACCUCCUUUAAAUAAGCAUGAAGAUGUUAGACAAAGAACAUUUGACAGAUAUUCAGAGAAAUCUAGGUCACAACCCUUGACUGGUGAAUGUACUGCUUGGGGAGAAAACCAAGUCAACAAUUUACCAUAUUCUGCGGCACCUCUAAAUGAACAUUGUGAUAAUGUUUUUUCUAGUGACCAACUUAUUACACAUUCAACAUUGGAUUUUAGUUACCGAAGCUACAGAAGGAUUCGGGUGAGGCUGGACCACAUGCAUCCUCGUUCUUGGUAUGAUGCCAGGGUUGUGUAUGUCUCUAAAGGACCUUUGGAUAUUGCACUAUUGCAGAUUAAUUUGGUUCCAAAUCAUCUAUGCCCUAUUGUUCCUGAAGAAAAAUGCCCAUAUCCAGGUUCUAAAGCAUUUGUAAUUGGACAUGGUCUUUUUGGGCCCCGUUCAGAUCUAUGUCCUUCUGUCAGUGCUGGGGUUGUGGCAAAAGUUGUUAAGACUAGAAAGCCAGCCAUAUCAGAAGAGUUCAGUGAGGAGUAUCCUGCAAUGCUCGAGACAACAGCCGCAGUACAUCCUGGUGGCAGUGGGGGUGUGGUAGUCAAUUCACAGGGAAGAAUGAUUGGGUUGGUGACAAGUAAUGCAAGGCAUAGUGGAGGAACAGUCAUCCCUCAUUUGAAUUUCAGCAUACCCUGUGCAGCACUCAAAUCAGUAUUUACAUUUGCUAAAGGGGACACAAAGGACCUGUCCAUAUUGUACAACAUUGAUAAGCCAAAUGAAUUACUAUCUGCCGUGUGGGCAUUGGUACCUCCAACACCUCCAAGGCCAUCACCAUCUCUGCCUUUUUUACCAGAUGUUUUGAAAGAUGAGAAAAGAUCCAGAGAUGGUGUGCAGAAAGGUUCUCGCUUUGCAAAAUUUGUAGCUGAAAAGGGUGCUGAGCUUGCUCUCAAGCAGGACAGGCACCAAAAGUUGGACAGGCGGCAUAGCUUAGAGGAAAUUCCAAUUAGAACCUCAAGGGCAGGUGAUUUUUUACAGAGUAGAUUAUGAUAUUGCAUAAAACAAAUGCAAUAAGCAUUUUGUAUUUCCUGUAUAAAAUAAUGAAAAUUAAUUUUAGAACCAUACAAAAUAAUUUGUAGGUUGAAAAUUUUGAAUGAGAACCAAGCUUGCUGUCGGCCAA